GACUCUCUCCUCCCGCCUGUCACGGAGCGUCCUAUGCCGGCACACAGCAGCCUCCAGCGGGCCUCCAGCACCGUAUCGUCGGGUCAGAACCAGCGGGUUCUGGAAAACAUGGAGGACUGAGAUUGCGUGACUUUUCCACAACUCAGGACCAACUUUUACCAGAGGAUUUAAAACUUUUUUUUUUUUUUAAAGAAGAAUUAUUUCAUAUCUGAAAGCAUACUGCGUAGAUAUUUUUUUUUUAAAGUGAUUUGUUGGGGAUGUUGAGCUCUGUGAAGAUGGAAGCCCACGACCUACCUGAGUGGAAUACUUUCUACAGCGAAGCCAGCGAGAUGUAUUCCUCUCCCAGCAGCAUGAACUCGGCUCUGGGUUCUGUGGGCCCCAUGGGCACCAUCAACAGUUACAUCAACCUCAACCCGGCCGGCUCCGGCCCUGCGGGCAUGAACAUGGCGUACCCCGGCUCGGGCCUCAGCACCUCGCCACUGGCCUCCAUGGGCUCCGGGGCGGCUCACAUGCCGCUCUCCCCGGUGGCGCCCUCCCUCAGCUCAGGCUCGCUCACCCAGCUGGGCCCGGCCAAUGCGGGCUCCCUGGGCUCCCUGUCCCACUACCAGAACAUGCACGGCCAGUCCAUGAGCCAGCUGGGAUACUCGUCGGGCGCCUCCCUGAGCCGGGCGGGGCCCAAGGAGAUCCCGCCGAAGCCGUACCGGCGCUCGCUGACCCACGCCAAGCCGCCGUACUCCUACAUCUCGCUCAUCACCAUGGCCAUCCAGCAGAGCGGCAGCAAGAUGCUCACCCUCAAUGAGAUCUACCAGUGGAUCAUGGACCUGUUCCCGUACUACCGUGAGAACCAGCAGCGCUGGCAGAACUCCAUCCGCCACUCGCUGUCCUUCAACGACUGCUUCGUCAAGGUGGCCCGCUCGCCCGACAAGCCGGGCAAGGGUUCCUACUGGACCCUGCACCCGCAGUCCGGGAACAUGUUCGAGAACGGCUGCUACCUGCGGCGCCAGAAGCGCUUCAAGAUCGAAGACAAGAUGGCCAAGAAGGCCAGCAAGGAGGGCGGUAAAGGGGUCCACGGCGGCGACGUUAUGUUGGAGGACAGAAGCCCCACGGGGGGCUCGGAGGAAGCGGACUCAGCCCACUCGGACAGCUCCCACCCGGGUUCUUCCGACGACCAGCCGCUUUCCAGGAACUCGCUGGUUCCGCUGGACUGUCCCCCGCUGUCCACCCACCUCCACAGCCCGCCUCUGUCCCAGCCGCCGUCCACCUCCUCCUCCGCUAUCCCCCCGUCCUCCUUGUCUCUCUCCGCCACUGCCGCCAUGAACCCCGUCUUCCACUCCCAGUCCUUGGCGGGCGGCGCCCACCUCCUGCCCGGCGCCAUGCAGCAGCACAUGGACCUGCAGAGCGACGCCCUCAAGUCCCUGGACCCCCACUACAACUUCAACCACCCCUUCUCCAUCACCAACCUCAUGUCCAACGAGCAGAAGAUGGACCUGAAGUCCUACCAGGACCAGGUGAUGGCGUAUAACAACUACGCCGCCGGGUCGCCCGUGGCCGCCAAGCAGAUCUACGACAGCCCCGGCCCAGCAGCAAUGGACUCCGGUGCCUACUACCAGACUCUGUACAGCCGCUCGGUCCUCAACGCCUCCUAAUGGACUUCCUGUCCGGCGGAAGAGACCGGCCGCCAUGUUAGAUGGACCAAAGAAGGUUUUUAUUUUCCCAUGGAGACUCUCUGGUUACACCACGCACACACAAGCCUGACGACCAUGAAGAAGAUGGACUUUGUACAAAAUGUAAAUAGCAGCAAUGUGAGUGCGCGCGUGGAA